GUUUGUGAAAAUCUCUCUCCAAUACAUAAUAAUUAUGAUUGUAUAAUUAUAAGGGAGCUCUUGACUCUUGUCGUGGCAGAGAUGAUCGAUACUCGAACUUUUAGCAUGACCAAUGCAGGGUCGCCUGAUCGUGCGUCCACAAGCAUUCUAGGCGUUGAACAGAGGGCAUGAAUCAUGAUGGCUGGCGUUUAUCUUGUCCAUUGGCAUUGAGGCAGUCCACCCAGGCCAGGGACCACGUAUCAUUUCCCAUCAUCACGGGCACUGUCGUCGAAGCCACAUGGAUUAGGAGAGGCAUGGAGGUGUGAUGCAUGGCCGUACACCGGACUCUGCUGCUGCGAGGAUCUAGGACUACGGUAUGCCCAGUUUGUGCACUCUGCGAUGUUGGUCCAAGUGGAUCGGAUUUUUGUCACUAUUCAUCAUGCUGCAUGCUUGGCUGACGUAUGAGUUCUGUACCGACUUGCAGCAUUCCCACUAUCGGUCUUUCUGCCCCGAAAGAGGACGGAUUCAUGACAAGUCCAUGGCCAGGAUGCGAGCUAAGAACGCUAUUCAGUACAUGGACAGUUUCAACCAGACCAGCAAGGCGCAACAAGUCCGCCAAACACUAAGAACGCGACUGCACUCGCGCUCCAGCGAUGUGUGCGUUGCCGUGGUGACGGUUAUGAGAAAGAGCCUGCCGGUACGCAUGCAGUACCUGUUUCAGGUGCUGCACAGACUGCUGCCCGAGGUACUGGCCGACGACAGGGUGUCCCUGGUGAUUGCCAACGCCGAAAAGGACCCAAGCUUGCACACUGCCCUUCGGCGAUACGCCUGGUUCAUUCCUUCAUACCACAUACCGCCCUUAUCUUCAACCGGCAGUGUAUUUCUGAAGGAGCGCUACGAUUACGGACAUGCCCUCCAGGCUUGUAGCCAAUACAAACCGAAAUAUAUCGUUCUCAUUGAAGACGACACUGUACCGCUUCCUGGAUUCUUCGACUCACUGCGAUAUCUUAUCAAAGGUCCUUUGUCCACAUAUUCGUACUCUGAGAGUAGUAAAUACAACCAUCCGUGGGCAUACACUAAGCUGUAUUACCCGGAGAGAUGGUCUGGCUUUCAAAACAAAGACAUGCCGAAUCUGAUUGUCGUGUCGCUUCUGCUGGGUACGUUUCUUGUGGUUCUGGCCUACGUGUUGCGUGUGAAGGUGCCGCCACACAGCGCUGAGUACAGCCACCGUGGCUUGUGGAUGUUCACGGUGCAGAUGACCCUGCCGGCGGCGUUUCUUGUUCUCUCUGUCGUGUGGAUGCUGAACCGGCAUCAUCUGGACAACUUGCGUCUGUACUGGCGUGCGCUCUAUGCCGUUACGAGCCCUGCCGACCGGUGCUGCACACCGGCGGUCCUGUAUCAGAGCUGGGCGGCCGACCAGCUUAGCCAGCAUCUCAUCUCCAGUGCGGGCAACCAGGCGUUUUCACCCGAGACUGACCUGGCGAUCGCCGACUUUGCCGAGGCGCUCGGCUGGGUGACGUACGCCGUACUGCCUAACCUGGCCGCGCACCAUGGGCGAGUGUCGACGCUGCCCAAGCCUGUCAUGGACGAUGUGUCUUAGAAAAAGAAGCUACGGAGUGUGCUGCACUAGAGUUUGCCACCGUGCUCCUAGUCUUCUGUUUUGUCCACUACUUGCAAGGUGGUCAUGUGAUCAGCGUGACAGAGUCCUAACCUUCUGUUUUGUCCAUUACUUGCAAGGUGGUCAUGUGACCAACAUGACAGAGUCAUAACCAUCUGUACUAUCCACUACUUGCAAGGUGGUCAUGUGACAUGACAGGAGUCACUCGGCAUGUCGGUCUAGCAUUGCACCGACUGUGUCGAACUCCUCACCGCGUACAGUGUCAGGUACGUGUGUGGACUGCGUGCUUUGCAGCUGAUCAUGUGGCAACUUGUCGUGCGACCAGUUUGACACACACGCAUGCACGCGCGCGCGCACGCACGUGCACACACACACACUCACAGUGAACCUUGAACACCAGCCCAUAAUCAGGAUGAUAGCGGUGUCAGGCAGAGCAGAAGCGGGAAUGUGUCUUCAAAUCUCCAGGGCGGGAAUAGACACGACCGCAUACGCACACACGCACAAACAACCGAAACCAGUACUUUAUGUUCCGCAAUGUUGUGGAUGCUCUUAGUCUACAUUGUACACUACAACACUGGUACGUUACCAUUGGUUACCGGGUCUUGCCAAUGUGCACCGUGUACUAGCAGAGCCGUGGACAAGAUUCAGAGUUUUAUUACAUUAUUAAAGUACUCAGUGGAGCGCAUCAUAUUAAAAUUCUAUUAAUUUUACUUUAAGUACGAAAUCAACAACUGCUUGAGGACCCGAAAGGAGAGAAUUUACAAGAGAGAGAAAGCACAGUACAACUGUACAUUGUACAGUAGGUAUCGGUUAUAGCGUGGGUGUUUGAAAAACGACUUUCUAUUUAUAUUUCCGAUAUUUCUUUUAAAAACACGAUAAAUCAAGUGUGACAUAUCAUGUGCAUGUGCGCAGAGGCAGGAAGAUCAUCGUACAUGCAAUGUAGUGUUACGGUGCAUGCCGCUGGUCAUAGUCACAUAGGCUUACCAUGUGGCUAUGCAACAUGAGUUACAUGACCACAACAGUUGAACCUGCAGCACUACGACCCAACGCGAGUCAGAUCGGAACUGAAUUGGACGGAUAUUAUUACUAUAGGCGAUAUACUUUUUUUUUUGUACUAAUCUGGUAUGUUUUGCUACACAAAGUCCAUUCUUAGGACCGAUAUAUUCUACUGUACGAAAAAAUUGCUGGUAAGAAUAAAUCCAUGUUAUGAUUAUGAAAACAUGAGAGCUCAUUCUUGUAGGCAGUAUAUUCUUUUACACGACCACGCUAUAACCGAUACGCACUGUAUUGUAAUUUGUUUGUACUUGAGACAGCCGAGCGGUGUCUCCGGCCGGGAUCCUCUCUACAUUUACUGUGUACCUAGAUUACUGGCACCUGAUUUCUGGUCGUAGAUUUCUGGCAUCAGCAUCUUGCCAUUAGAGGUACAUGUGUAUUCGAAGUACAUUAAUUUUGGUAACAAUCGCUGUUUUUGUUUUGUUUUGUUUUUCAUGAAGCACUCCCAUUGCUCAAUCACCUAUAGGGUGUGUCCUCAAUUGACAAAUGUGCUUGCUCUGUUUAUUCAUUUUAGUCUGUUUGUAGCACAGUUAGGUAGGUAUUCACUAUUCAGGCCUCUGGCAAAGCCCUUUACUAUUUUCUUUGUACCCGUA